UUUCCACACGGUGCCUCAUCACAUGUCUUCCUUCUCUUCCCAUUCUCUCCAUCAGACCUCCUACCACAGUAUCUCUCCAUCACUCCUCCUUUUCCCAUCUUCAUAAAGAUUCAUUCCCUCCCGCAUCCUCUCUCCAUAUUUUUAGCUGGUCCAUCAGUUUUACUGGAUGUUAUUAUUUUAUCUCCUUUUCCCAUUCUCUCUUGUUCUCUCUCUUGCUCUCUCUCUCUCUCUUUCUCUUCCACGCUCUCUGUUUUCAUCUUGGAGACAGGAGCGUGCAUGCAGCCUCAAAUCUGAGUCCCUGCUCUGCUCUGCUUAUGCGCUCUGCGCUACGAUCCUUCUUCCUCUCUCCUCCGUGCUUUACCGCACUGCUCACAUCUCCUCUCUCCACAUCUCCUUCUCUUCCUCACUUUCUCUUUCUCUACCUGCAUCUCUGUCACACCACAGGCUCGCAUCUCCACCGGGCAUUGCUGCGCUCUGCUUUGGCGUUUGGAGAAACGCUGUACGCUCUGGGGAUCUUUUCGCGCCAGGGCUAAGCACACUCCAGCUUCUUGCAGAGGAGGAUUUAGCUACUCCUGGUGUGCCAGGUUUGACUUGCCUUUGGAUUCCUUGGAUCUGUGUGAGCUGGAGAGCAGAGGAGGACAGGAAGAGGAGGAGCGGGGUGAGGGGUUUUCUGGCUUGGAGGAGUCAAGGCUUCAAGGUGGUGGUGGCGGCGGCUGAUGGUUGCCUGUCGAGGGUCAUGCCCUGGGACUUGCGCGUUGUUCGGCAGUCGGAGUUGGAGACCCUCUCCUAUUUUUGCCCCCCCUGUGGGGCAGAAUUAAUCCUGGUGCCGGGGAAAGCCGCCGGGCACCAGUGGCUGCAGCGUGAAGAGUGGACACCAUGAACCAACUGGACGCACCAAGACCACUUAACUGGACCAUCAGGAAACUGUGCCAUGCAGCCUUCCUGCCAUCUGUGCGCCUGCUAAAGGCACAGAAAUCGUGGAUAGAAAGGGCAUUCAGCAAGAGAGAAUGUGUUCAUAUCAUAGCGAGCGCCAAAGACCCCCAUAGGUGCUGUUGCGGCCGUCUCAUAGGUCAGCAUGUGGGUUUGCCGCCCGGCAUCUCAUCCAGUCAAAAUGACAAGGCAGAGCGUUUGGCCAAGAAUGACAGCCUGUCAGAGAAGUGGUCAAUCAGCAAGCACACACAGCUCAGCCCCACUGAUGCCUUUGGCACCAUCGAGUUCCAGGGAGGAGGACACUCCAACAAAGCCAUGUAUGUGCGAGUGUCUUAUGACACCAAGCCUGACCUGCUGCUCCACCUGAUGACCAAGGAGUGGCAGCUGGAGCUUCCGAAGCUGCUCAUCUCAGUCCAUGGAGGCCUACAGAACUUCGAGUUACAGCCUAAGCUCAAGCAGGUCUUUGGCAAAGGGCUCAUCAAGGCAGCCAUGACUACAGGGGCCUGGAUAUUUACAGGAGGAGUUAACACAGGGGUGAUCCGCCACGUGGGAGAUGCGCUUAAAGACCAUGCCUCCAAAUCGAGGGGCAAAAUCUGCACAAUCGGUAUAGCUCCGUGGGGCAUCGUAGAAAAUCAAGAGGACCUCGUUGGCAAAGACGUGGUGCGUCCGUACCAAACUAUGUCCAACCCCAUGAGCAAGCUCACGGUUCUCAACAGUCUCCACUCCCACUUCAUCCUGGCAGACAAUGGCACCACAGGAAAGUACGGAGCCGAGGUCCGACUCCGGCGCCAGCUGGAGAAGCACAUCUCCCUGCAGAAGAUCAACACACGGAUCGGCCAGGGCGUACCGGUUGUGGCUCUUAUCGUGGAGGGAGGCCCUAACGUGAUCUCCAUUGUGCUGGAGUACCUCAGGGACACUCCUCCGGUCCCUGUGGUGGUGUGUGAUGGCAGCGGGAGAGCCUCAGACAUCUUAGCCUUUGGUCACAAAUACUCAGAGGAGGGAGGCAUAAUUAAUGAGUCUCUUAGAGACCAGCUGCUGGUGACCAUCCAGAAGACCUUCACCUACAGCCGCACACAGGCCCAACAUCUGUUCAUCAUCCUCAUGGAGUGCAUGAAGAAAAAGGAACUGAUAACUGUUUUCCGGAUGGGCUCUGAGGGUCAUCAGGACAUUGACCUUGCCAUCCUCACUGCAUUGCUGAAAGGUGCCAAUGCCUCAGCCCCAGACCAGCUGAGUUUGGCUCUUGCGUGGAAUAGAGUGGACAUCGCACGAAGUCAGAUCUUCAUCUAUGGUCAGCAGUGGCCUGUUGGUUCCCUGGAACAAGCGAUGCUGGAUGCCUUAGUUUUGGACAGAGUGGACUUUGUCAAGCUGCUGAUUGAAAACGGAGUCAGCAUGCAUCGCUUUCUUACGCUUUCAAGACUGGAGGAGCUGUACAACACGCGACAUGGACCAUCAAACACCCUUUAUCACCUUGUCAGAGAUGUCAAAAAGCGAGAAUAUCCAGGGUUCAGUUGGAUCUACUUCAAGGGAAACCUGCCGCCGGACUACCGCAUUAGCCUCAUCGACAUCGGACUGGUCAUUGAAUACCUCAUGGGUGGGGCGUAUCGAUGCAACUACACGAGGAAGAGAUUCCGAACGCUGUACCAUAACCUCUUUGGGCCCAAAAGGCCCAAAGCACUGAAGCUGCUGGGGAUGGAGGACGACAUGCCAAUCCGCAGAGGCCGGCAGAAGACAACACGCAAGCGAGAGGAAGAGGUGGACAUUGAUUUGGAUGACCCCGAGAUAAACCACUUUCCCUUCCCCUUCCACGAGCUCAUGGUGUGGGCUGUGCUUAUGAAGCGGCAGAAAAUGGCGCUGUUCUUUUGGCAGCAUGGCGAGGAGGCCAUGGCCAAGGCCCUGGUGGCAUGCAAGCUAUGUAAAGCUAUGGCGCAUGAAGCAUCUGAGAACGACAUGGUGGACGACAUUUCCCAAGAGCUCAACCACAACUCCAGAGAGUUUGGCCAGCUGGCCGUAGAGCUCCUAGAUCAGUCCUAUAAACAGGACGAGCAGAUGGCCAUGAAGCUGCUGACAUACGAGCUGAAAAACUGGAGCAACGCCACCUGCCUGCAGCUGGCGGUAGCAGCCAAACACAGAGAUUUCAUCGCUCACACCUGCAGUCAGAUGCUGCUGACCGACAUGUGGAUGGGGCGCCUCCGCAUGCGCAAGAAUUCAGGUCUGAAGGUGAUCUUAGGCCUGCUUCUUCCUCCGUCCAUCCUCAGUCUGGAGUUCAAAAACAAGGAUGAGAUGUCCUACAUGCCACAAGACCAGGACACCUACCUGCAGGAGAAGGAAGAGGAAGAGCCAGAGAAACCAGUCAAGGAAAAAGAGGAGGAGGACAUGGAGUUCACAGUAAGAUCUUACUGUGAGACGCAGUACAACUCCGUGGCAAUGCUGGGUAAGGUAACCACAGAGACAUCCAGAAAGAAGGAUGUUGAGGAGGUUAAGAGCCGCCACCGCCUUAUCCCCAUGGGACGCAAGAUAUACGAGUUCUACAACGCUCCGAUUGUCAAGUUCUGGUUUCAUACGAUGGCAUAUGUUGGAUACCUGAUGCUGUUUAACUUCAUUGUCCUGGUCAAGAUGGACCUGUGGCCUUCUCCUCAAGAGUGGAUUGUCAUUGCUUACAUUUUCACCAAUGGCAUUGAAAAGAUGAGAGAGAUUCUGAUGUCAGAGCCGGGAAAGUUGCUGCAGAAGGUGAAGGUGUGGCUACAGGAGUAUUGGAAUAUAACUGACCUCAUGGCCAUCCUCAUCUUCUCCGUCGGCAUGGUGCUGCGCCUCCAGGAGCCGCCACUCAUGAGCUACGGGCGAGUCAUCUACUGUGUCAAUAUCAUCUACUGGUACAUCCGACUGCUUGACAUCUUCGGAGUCAACAAAUACCUGGGUCCCUAUGUGAUGAUGAUUGGCAAGAUGAUGAUCGACAUGAUGUAUUUUGUUAUCAUCAUGUUGGUAGUGCUCAUGAGUUUUGGGGUGGCGCGUCAGGCCAUUCUCAAUCCCAACGAAGACCCGUCCUGGAUGCUGGCCAGAAACAUCUUCUUUAUGCCUUAUUGGAUGAUCUAUGGGGAGGUGUUUGCCGACCAGAUUGACCAUAUGAAUAGUAAGAAGGUUCAGCAAAGGCUGAAUGAAAAACACUGGCUGGUCGAAAAUUACUUACGAACGCACGGAAGCUGGCGUAGUACUGGUCCAUCCCACAUUGCCCAGACCAUUCUAAAUUCCACUCCCUGCGGGCAGAACAUCACCACAGAGGAUGGCGUGGUGGUGACCCUGCCGCCGUGUAAGACCGGCGCUUGGAUUGUACCCGCGAUCAUGGCUUGCUACCUGCUGGUGGCCAACAUACUGCUUGUCAACCUACUCAUAGCAGUGUUUAACAACACGUUCUUUGAGGUAAAGUCCAUCUCAAACCAGGUGUGGAAAUUCCAGCGCUACCAGCUCAUCAUGACGUUCCACGAGCGGCCGGUCCUUCCUCCACCCCUCAUCAUUUUAAGCCACAUAACAAUGGUCCUAAAGCAUCUAUGCUGCCGCUGGCGCAAGCAUGAUGACGACGAGCGGGACUAUGGGCUGAAGCUUUUCAUCACUGAGGAUGAGCUGAAGAAAGUUCAUGAUUUUGAGGAGCAAUGCAUAGAGGAGUACUUCAGAGAAAAAGACGACAGAUUCCACUCAUCUAAUGAUGAAAGGAUCAGAGUCACAUCUGAGAGGGUGGAGAACAUGGCAAUGCGUUUGGAAGAGGUCAAUGAGAGAGAGCACUUUAUGAAAGCAUCGCUGCAGACUGUAGAUAUCCGCCUCGCCCAAAUGGAAGAGCUGAUUGGACGAAUUGCCGUGGCUCUGGAGCGUGUGACCGGUGUGGAGCGUGUGGAAGUCAACAAAGCGCGCUCCCGUACCUCAUCCGACUGCACAGAUUCAGCAUAUAUACUCCGCCAAGCUGAGUGUCCAGAUUCUGCAUACAUCCUCCGCCAAAGCAGCUUUAACAGCACAGAGGGCAAUGCCUACCGCCUACAAGAGGCACUUGAGGGAACGGCUGAGGGCUCCAUGUCUCCGCCCUCUCCUACCGGCAUGGCUGCUCGGGCAAGGAGUCACUCUUUUUAUGUCGGGGGCGGACGUGCCGACGAGCGUGCAAGCGGGGCUGAGCGAGCUGAAAGCUUCUUUAAGGAGCGCUCGCUCAGUCUCCACCGAGCCAAUAGCUCGCAGUCUGUUUCUUCGGGUGCCGCCACCAAGGAGUCUAAGCCCCUCCCACUGGCGACGCUGUCGGUUUCCCAGCAGCACCGUCCGUCAUCGUGCAUUGAUAUCUACGUCUCAACUUCUGAAGAGGUGGGGCCUGCCGAGGUCUUUCUUGAUCCUCUCCGUGUGGUCCCCCCCCUACAGAGAGACUCUUCACUGCAGUCCGACAUCAUAGAGACGGUGCUGCCAGGAGGCCGUGACUUCACCAGCACUGCUACUAGCGGUCUGGGCGACAGACACUCGGAAGGCGGCGCAGGCAGCAGCGGAACAACUGGAGCUAUGUAUGACGACAGCGCGGCUGCUGAUUUGUCAUUGUGCUCGGCAAACCUCUUACCAGACACCACCCUACCUCCUUGGGAUAUGGAGCCAUCUCCACCUCCCUCAGCAGGGCUGCUCGAACGCUCCAAGAGCAGCCGCUACCUCUCCACAGCAGGCACGGCAUUCCUGGAUGAGCCUCCUCUGGUCAAGUCCCACAGCCUCAUGUUCACGCCGAGAAGUUGUUACGGUGGACUGGGGGCGGGAGUCCAGGUGAAGGCCGCAGAAUACACCAGCAUCACUGACUGCAUCGACACCCGCUGUGUAUCAGCUCCAUACACUCCUGCAGAGUGCUCACACUCACCGGGAGGAUCCACCUCGUUCACCUUUGAUAAGCCGUCAGACAUUAGUUCCACCCACCCGGAGAGAGAGGCAGAGCUAAGUCACACAGAGUCCGAUCCUGAGGACCCCGAGGACCUGAUACCGGCCUCCGGUACCCCUCGCAUUACAGGCCUAGGCGGGCCCAGCGGAGCUCCUCUCUGCUCCACCCUUUCCAGGCUGGAGCGAGCGAACAGCUGUUCCUCAGAUGACUCCCAUCCUUCACUCACUCUGGCUCCUCCGCAUCGGAAGAGCCUGUCAGUGAGCGAAAGGAUGGAGAGGGGACCGGGUUUGGGAGCAGACAGGGGACCUGGGCCUGGGGGGCGGGGUCUUGCAGGACACAGAUACCCUUUCCUCAGGAGCAAGUCUGGAGCGAGACCCGACACAGCCAAAACUGACAGCCUAUCCAUAAGGAAGCUGGCUACUCCAUCCGCUUUCCGCAGCUUUGAUAGACAAAACUACACGUGACAAGGGCCCACUGGUGCCCUCACACAUCGUGUGGGUGAAAACUGCAAAGGGCCAAAGUAACAGCAGGAUGAAGUUGCCCGUAGAUGCUGAUGUGGAACAUAUCUAUAUUUUAUUCCGUUCCAUUUUAGGUUUGGAAAAGAUUAGAUAUGAUCAGCACUGAAGGGCAGCUUUAUCCUGAGCAAAGAAUGAGAGCGGAAACAGGCACAGGAAUCAGAAUGUCUAUGUACAUCACUCAAAAGAAAGAGCUAUGUAUUUAGACUAGUUUAUACCUCUUGUAGCAAAGUAACUUACAAAGGGGUGCCAUGAAAAUGGAAGUUGUAUUUGUCCUGUAGGUCUUCCACCAACCUGAUUUACAUCAAGUAGACAUUGAUCACUGUCUUGCAUCACAUAUCAUCAGUCACCCCAGACAGCGAAAGUGUACUGUUAUUCCUACCUGUAGUACGUAAUAGACACUGUUAAAUCCGAAAGACAAAGAAAAGAAGGAAUGAUUCACCUAAUUUUUAAUUUAUUUUUUUUUGCAUCAAAAUUAUUUUUUUAGUAACGCUUCCACUUCAACUCUAUUUUCUUCUCAUGGUGGAAUCCUAACUCAAACCAGCAUGAUACAAUUUACAGCAGGGACAAUAAGAAUUGAACAUGCCAAUUUCUCUGUCUCAACAACUAAGC